CCAAUUCCCAAAUCAUCAUUAGCAUUUUUUUUUAAAGAAAAUAAGAAUUUAAAAAUAAAAAUGAAUCACCCCAUAUCGACGGAGUUCCCGCCGGUGAAGUUCCCGGCGUAUCGCCGGAGUUCCAGCUUCGUCAAUCUCAUGCCCUGUUUAACGGAAACGUGGGGCGACCUGCCACUCAAAGUGGACGAUUCCGAAGACAUGGUCAUUUACGGCCUUUUGCGCGACGCCGUUAGCGUCGGAUGGACGCCGUUUAACUUCACGGCGACGGAAGUCAAAGCCGAGCCGUUAGAAUUGUCGGGACCCGCCGCCGCGGCGCCACCUCGCGGGGCUGAUGCCGUGGCGCCGCCGCCGAAGGGGAGGCACUACAGGGGCGUGAGGCAGCGGCCGUGGGGGAAAUUCGCGGCGGAGAUAAGGGACCCGGCGAAGAACGGCGCGAGGGUUUGGCUCGGGACGUACGAGCGGGCGGAGGAGGCGGCUAUUGCUUACGACAAAGCGGCUUACCGGAUGCGCGGUUCGAAGGCGCUAUUGAAUUUUCCGCACAGAAUCGGCUCGGGCGAACCGGACCCGGUCAGGAUCACGGCUAAGAGGAGAUUGCCGGAGGCGGCUUCAGAAAAUGGCUCGGCUAAGCAGAGAAGAAAAGUAGCUAUGGCGGAGCAAACCGAACCGGAUAUAGAGGGCCGGUCGAGUGGGGGUUCGGCCGAGUUACACGCUUGGAUGUUGGCGGUGGGCCAGCAGCUGAUGGUCAGCGAAAUAGCGGUUUGACCAUGAUGGGAGGCGUGUUUGGAUGGGAUAAAUAUAGACACACAUUUAAUACAAGUUGGGAUUUGAACUAAAUUCUUACAUUAUCAUCUUUUCUUCAGGUUCCAAACAAGGAUUUGUAUAUAUCCACGGUUAAGUUAUCAUCUUGUAUAUCACACGUAUUUAGGCUUGCUUUUCUUAGCUACCUUUUUGUUUUGUUUUUAAAUUUUGGGAUAUUUAUGUCACAAAUUGAAUGAAGGAUUGAAGAAGGA